CUUACAGUGGGUAGCUAAACAUAAAUGACAAUGACUAUUUUAGCAUGGUGAUAUUAGCAUAUAGCUAAAAAAAACAACAACAACCUGAGAACAAUUAUCUUUGACUGAAACAUCCAGAAAUAUUUAAGUUCUGAUAAACUAGACGGGACUGCACAACACACUUCAGCCACCUCUCUCCCUCUCUUAUUUUCUCUCUGCCCCGUCCUCCUCCUCCUCGCUUGCCUCGCGCUUGAGGAGAUCUCUCUUGUAGCUGGAGAGGAGAGGUCGACCGUCUCUCCUCUGCAGCCUCCUGCCGCUUCAUCAUGGAUCUGGGGACUAAAAGAGUCGCUUGGAUUAUCGCUCACGUCGCCCUGCUUCUCUCCAUCUCUUACGGGACAACCGGAGAAGAGGUGUGUGACAGACCACUGGUCUCCAGCCUGCCUCCAUCAUCCUUCAGGAGCUCUUCACAGCUGUCCACCAGCCAUGCGCCAGGCUUUGCCAAACUCAACAGAAGAGACGGAGCUGGAGGUUGGUCACCUAUUAUUUCAGACCGAUAUCAGUGGCUCGAGGUUGACUUGGGUGAGCGGACCAAGAUCACAGCUGUCGCCACACAGGGCCGGUAUGGCAGCUCUGAUUGGCUAACGUCUUACCUGCUGAUGUUCAGUGACACGGGGCACAACUGGAGGCAGUACAGACAGGAGGACAGUAUUGGGUCUUUUCCAGGUAACAGUAACGCAGACAGUGUGGUCCACUACAAGCUGCAGCAGCCGGCGAUCGCCCGCUUUAUCCGUCUCAUUCCUCUGGACUGGAAUCCAAACGGUCGGAUUGGACUCCGGCUGGAGACCUAUGGAUGUCCUUACACCUCUGAUGUGGUUAGCUUUGAUGGUGGCAGCAGCGGUCUGUUGUACUGGUUGACUUCUGGGCUUAAGCGGACAUCCAGAGAUGUUGUCACUCUGAAGUUUAAAGCCCUGAGGAAUUCUGGGACACUGCUGCAGGCAGAGGGACAGGAAGGACUCAGCCUCAGUCUGGAGUUAGAGAGAGGAAAGCUACUACUGCUGCUGAGACAAGGCAGGACUUCAUCCACUGAACCCCAGCGCCUUGUUUCCCUUGGCAGCCUGUUGGAUGAUCAGCACUGGCAUCAUGUAGCAGUGGAGCGGCGUGGCUCUCACCUAAACCUCACUGUGGACAAACACACAGAGAGGGUUCAAAUCCCUGCAGACUUCAGCCACUGGAGCAUUGAACAGCUGAGUUUGGGGGCAGUUCAGAGUGAAGUCUCUCAGAAACCAGUAACCUCCAAGAAGAACUUCAACGGGUGCCUGGAAAAUCUGCUGUAUAAUGGCCACAACCUGAUAGAACUAGCUAAAAACAAAAAACAACAAGUUACUAUUUCGGGCAAUGUCACCUUUUCGUGUGCUGAGCCAGUUUCUGUUGCGGUGACGUUCACUGGGCCUGAGAGCUUCCUUCAGUUACCGGGGACUACAAUGUCUUCAUCAGGGGGCGUAUCUAUAGGCUUUCAGUUCAGGACUUGGAAUAAGAAGGGGCUUCUGCUUAGUUUUGAACUCCCUCAACAAGGAGGCGUGGCCUGGUUGUACCUGAGUGAGGCCAGACUCCAACUACAGAUCCAUAAAAGCGGCAGGGCGCUGCUGGAGCUCAGUGCAGGUGCUUCUCUGAAUGACGGUCAGUGGCAUUCAGUGGAGCUGAAUUCCAGACAAGGUCGUCUAACCAUCACAGUGGAUAAAGAGGAAAGAGACAGCUCUCAAGCCAGCCCAUCGUUUCCUGUCACUGUAGAAAGUCACCUCUUCUUCGGCGGUUGUCCUGUUGAAGAUGGCAGUCAGAAGUGCAGAAACCUGUUUAGUGUCUUCCAGGGCUGCAUGCGUUUGUUUACUGUGGACAAUCAAAACCUGGACCUGAUUAAGGUGCAGGAAAAGCAACUUGGAAACUACAGCAACCUGCAGAUUGACAUUUGUGGAAUCAUUGACAGGUGUUCUCCCAGUCCUUGUGAACACGGCGGUCCCUGCAGUCAGUCCUGGACUGUCUUUCACUGCAACUGCUCUGACAGUGGCUACAGUGGAGCGACCUGCCACAGCUCUGUGUAUGAACAGUCCUGUGAGGCAUACAAACACAAUGGCAACACAUCGGGACAUUUUUAUAUCGACGUGGACGGCAGCGGACCAAUCAAACCGCAGCUGGUCUACUGCAACAUGACAGAGGAGAACACAUGGAUGGUGAUCCAGCACAACAACACAGAACUGACCAGACUCCGACCAUUUACAGGCGUAAACCAGUAUUCAAUCCACUUUGACUACUCGUCUGAGGAAGAGCAGCUGUUGGCCGUUAUUAAGCAGUCGGAGCACUGUGAACAGGAACUGUCUUAUCACUGCAAAAUGUCCCGUCUCCUCAACACCCCAGAGGGCUCUCCACUCAGCUGGUGGUUCGGCGGACCGGGUGCAGGUCGAGUUCAGACUUAUUGGGGUGGAGCUCAACCGGGCAGCCAGCAGUGUGCCUGCGGUCUGGAGGGCGACUGUGUCGAUCUACAACACUACUGCAACUGUGAUGCUGACCGCAUGGAGUGGACUGAAGACUCAGGCCUGCUCACCCAUAAGGAGAGCCUACCUGUCAGGUCUCUGGUGUUGGGUGACAUACAGAGGCCAGGAUCAGAGGCUGUGUACAGGGUGGGACCACUGCAGUGUCACGGCGAUCGGAAUUUUUGGAAUGCUGCGUUUUUCGACAAGGAGACAUCGUACCUCCACUUUCCUACUUUCCACGGAGAGCUGAGCGCAGAUAUCUCCUUCCUGUUUAAAACCAUGGCCUCCUCCGGUGUAUUUCUGGAAAACCUGGGCAUCAAAGACUUCAUCCGGAUUGAACUGAGCUCCUCCACUCAGGUGGUUUUCUCCUUUGAUGUUGGUAACGGCCCGUUGGAGGUUCGUGUCGAGUCGAGCUUCCCACUGAAUGACAACCGGUGGCAUCGAGUCCGAGCCGAGCGGAACGUCAAGGAAGCGUCGCUUCGACUGGAUGAACUUCCUGUCGCCACACAGGAGGCGCCAGCUGACGGACACUUCCACCUGCAGCUCAACAGCCAGCUGUUCAUAGGAGGGACAGCAUCCAGGCAGAAGGGCUUCCGCGGCUGUAUCCGCUCUCUGCAGCUGAACGGCGUCACUCUGGACCUGGAGGAGAGGGCGAAGAUAACACCAGGCGUUCAACCCGGCUGCCCGGGUCACUGCAGCAGCUACGGCUCGCUCUGCCAGAACCAUGGCCGCUGUGUGGAGAGAGCUAAUGGCUUCCACUGUGACUGUAACCUGUCAGCGUACACCGGAGUCUUCUGCCAAACAGAGGUGUCAGCCAGCUUCAAGUCAGGAACAUCUGUCAGCUACACCUUCAAGGAGCCCUACGAGAUGAGCAGGAACAGCAGCGCUCUGCCAUCCUCCAUCUACUCUGACAUGACGCUCAGAGGAGAAAACGUCUCCCUGAGCUUCAGGACGAACCAGAGUCCAGCUCUGCUGCUCUACAUCAGCUCCUACUACAGAGAAUACCUGGCUGUGCUCAUCAAUAAACAUGAUAAGCUGGAGGUGAGAUACAAGCUGGACAGCAGCAGAGACACCGAAGUGCUGAGGAGCAAAGUGAGGAGCCUCGCCAACGGACAGCUGCACACCGUCUCCAUCAGGAGGCUGACAGACUCUGUGUCUGUGCAGAUUGACCAAAAUUCCAGAGAAGACUUCAACCUGACAUCUGACGGGGAAUUUAAUGCAAUCAAGUCGCUGGUGUUGGGCAGAGUGCACGAGUCUGAUGACCUGGAUGCAGACCUAUCCAGGUUGGCUUCCCUCGGUUUUACAGGCUGCCUGUCAGUUGUCCACUUUAACACCAUCAGCCCUCUGAAAGAAGCUCUGCUCCGCCCCAACUCCAGCCCCGUCAUCAUCACUGGACCUUUAGCUCAGUCCAACUGCGGCUCCGCAGCUUCUGCCAAUUCCUAUUCAGCUGAGAACACACACCACCUGUCAGACCAGUCUGGUUCAGUGGGUUCAGGUGUACCCUUAGUCAAUUCCAUCAGGAUUGACUCAGCCCUAAUUGGAGGUGUCAUUGCAGUAGUCAUCUUUGUGAUUGUGACUGCACUGGCGAUAACGGCCAGAUUCCUCUACCGGAGGAAGGAUACAUAUCGUAACAAGGAAGUGAAGGGAGUCAAACAGGAGGACAGCCAAGACUUUCCUUUUAACAACCAGGCUGACUCCCAGAAUCUCUCCACUGAAAACCCAAAGGAGUAUUUCAUUUAACUGGAGGCCCGAUGACCUGAUGCACUGCUGGGCUUUUGGACCCGAAGCUGCAGACAGACGCAUCUUGACACGCCUUGGGACUUUGCAGUGCACUCGAGAGCCACUCAGACACUUCUAUGACAGAAGUGGCUCUGCAGCAUGUGAAAAGCAAAGAAGAACAAUUUUCACAGUGUUGUCUUUCUGUUGCUUAAUGUAAAAUGUGAAUACACUGAUGCAACAGCGUUGGACUUUAAGGGUGUUGAUAUACUUGUUCAAGCAACUGUAAAUAUUCAGCAAUGUGAAACACUGAAUAAUGUCUUUGUAACAAUCUGGCUAAUGUUGAAAUGUUGGAAAUCAUGGAGGUAACAGUAUUUUUAUUGUGCAUGGGCAGGGAGAGUGUGAAGCUGUCUUCUGUUUGGAUUUCACCUGGAGAAAGAUGGGGAUAAACUCCAAACUGCCUGCGAGACAUUUGCCUGCAAUUCAAAUGAUCCAACAAAAGCUAUCCAUGGAUAUUUUAUAUUUACCUUUUUCAUGUUUCCAGCUAUUCUUCCCAGUAACUGGCUGUUUUUAACCCCUUCUCGAGUUUUCAUUAACGUUUGUGAGGUCAGUGGUCUAAAUAUACAGUAUAUGCGAAUUACAUCCGUAGAAAUUAUUCCUCAUCACACAAACACAUUCCAAAGUUAUGAGUUUGAUCACUGUUGAUGGAAAAUGUGUAUCCUGACAAUAAGAAAGCAAUGUUACCACAAAGGUUGUUAUUGUCUUAGUGAUUCAGGUGAUGGGCCGUUGUAGGUUUUUUCACUCACUGUUCAGCCAUUAGGCCCAAAGCUUUGUGUUCAAGCUAACCACUCAAAGCAUCAUCUUUGGUGUCAGUAGACAGCUGUAUUCACAAAAAAAGGCCCACUGUGGUACCGGUGUUCUGACAAAACAUCCUACUUUGUCAAGACAUCCUACUGUAACGUAAAUUAUAGUCAUGUCUAUCAGUCUGUGCUACCUUAUCAGAAUAUGCUAUCUUACGUGGUUUAUACCUCCAUCGUACAUAGGACGGUAGGACGUUCUGAUGGCCAAAUCACACUGCUGUUAUUUAUUUAGGUAGGACAAGGUUUAAGCUGUACGCCAGUUUACAGAAGUUUAGAAGUACUGAAUCAAGACUUGAAAUAUGACUUUAAUUGCGACUUCAAAUUGGAGUAUUUUUUCACAAAAAAACAAAACGCAUGUUAGCUUGAAAAGUUAACAAAUUGACAACAGCUUAAGGAAAACAAGUAUCCAUUGUAAUAAAGAAGUUAAAUAUAUAAUACUAACCUUUUUUCACAUGCAUGAGAUCAGGGUAGGAUCAAAGAAUAGGCGUGUAGUAUUAACACCUAAAAUAUGGCCGUUUGUGCGCAUGCGCAGUAACAACAAGUAGAACAGCUUGAUAGGUAGGGUGUUUUGCCAGGACACCGGCUCAAACAUCAGGCUCCGUGUGUAAUGUAAUGGAGCAUUGAGCAGCAAAAGAGCCAAAUAUCUUUUUAUGAGACCAAACCAGAACUAAAAAGAUUUCCCAACUUGUUACACCGUCAGUACAGGAUGUGUACUACAGACGUGCCUGGUCACCAAUUUGCAAUUAUCAUUUAAGCAAGAGAUAAAAAUUGACUAGUUUGCUAGUCUAAAGAUUUCUUUAAUUACAUUGUGACACUGACUAUUUGCUAUGUUAUACAUGGCAGUGUGUCUGAUUAGUUUGCUGAGUUUUUCCAACUGUACGAUCAGUAGCUUUGAUUUUUUUCCACUCCAGUAUUCACAUCUUGGUACAGAAUAUGGUUCUAAUUAAUUCUGAGAAAUAUGAAGGUCCAAAACACAGCCACUCUUUUUAUUAUAUUAUAUUUUUUAAAUCUUUUGUUCAGCAAAACAGUCAUGGUUUGUAUGGCUGUCAUCUAUUGGCUGUCUCGUUUGUUUAUUUAUAAGGCCAUUCACCGAAAGAGAGAGACAGAUAGGGGAGCAGCCGUGUGUCAGGGCUGCAGUCCUGGGAUGUGGUUGGUUAUAUAACCAGAGCUGGAAUGAAGAACUCUCAAUACAGUAGCUAAAGUACAGUAGUACAUUUUUCUCUGGGAAAGGCUGUGCACAAUGGUAUCCAAAAUGUGUUUUUUUUUU